AUGGGGACGGAAGAGGCGGCGCCGGCGGCGUCGUCGGAUGCGGUGAGGGAUUCGGAAGUGUUUGGCGGACGGGAGGAGCCGCCAGUGCCUGUGAAGGGGGAGGCAGAUUCCGCGACGGUGGGUGCGAGGAAGGGGAAGUCGUGCAAGGGUUACCUCUACUAUUCGUCCCAACUCAAGACGCAGUCGAGAAAGCCCGUCUGCGUCGGCCUCACCAGGACGCUGCAGCAAGGUUUCCCCCCCGCUUUCUCGUUUUACUCAUUGGUCGGUCCCUCUUAGUUUGAUCAUCUUCCUGUCUUCUCUGUGAAUUCGCGUCCGGUCUUCUUUUCAAGGUAGCUUGUUGUUCUCGUCAGAAUUUCUGUUGCUCGGAAUGCAUAAGAUUUAUAUAGAGUUUGAUUUUCUUGAAUGACUCUUGUAGAUUUGCUGCGUGCCAUUGCCUUUCGAUUUUAUUCACAUCAAAAACCUGCGGUUGGUCGAUUAUUAGCGAUUAAAACAACAGUGCACAUGGUUGGAUCCCAAUUUUUCACUCAGGUCGUGAAAUAAAGUAUCGCUUUCGGGAUCUUAUGGUGAAUGGGUCACCUUCGACUGAAGAGACGAGAACAUAUUAAUCUCAUCGGGUGUACGCGUCUACAUUUUUUGUAGUUAUAUUUUAGCUGCCGUAAUGUUUUCAGAUGCCCUGUCAAUACCAGUCUCUGGGCCAGUAAAGUUUUGGGAACCCGAGCCACUCAUUAGCUACAUAACUAGCAUCCAUCAUUAAUCCAUUGGUCUCUCUGAUAUUCAUUCCUAUUCUUGUUUUGUUGACUGAUGUACCCUCGGUCUCACGAUUUAUGUCCUUUCCAACGAACCUGUCGUUAUAAAUAAAUUGAUCACGCUUCUGUAGAAAUCAAUUGAAGAGGAACAGUUUUUUUAUUCCGGUUCAUGUAUCAAAAUAAUGUUUAUUAUUAAAAAAAUAUUCUUUAGAGGCAUGGAACAUGAGGGGCCAGCUUCUAACAUUUCAUAGAUACCUCCUCAUCUUCCCCUUGCUUUAUUGGUGUGUGUUUUAAAGGACAGAAUAUGCAUCCAUAAAGAACUAUUCCUUGAAAUGAAUUCUUUCAAAGGCAUAGUUAUCAUGAAAACACUUAAUUUGUUCUCAUUUUUGGCUUAGGUAGCCCAUACCGGUUUUAUUUGCCCUUUCAACUCGAGAAAAUGACACAAGUCGAUCCUUAAUAAUAUAUUAUACCUCGUUUCUAGUAGACACCAUGUUCUACCAGCGUUUUUGAAGUUGGGUAUCUCCUUGUAUUCAUUGAAGAAAAAAAUAUUAGAUGUAAUAUGAGUGCGUUUCAUGAUUCCUCAAAAACCCCCUUGUACGAUACUAAGAUGUUGUAGGUUUUACUGGAAGAUGAAAUACUCAAAAUGGCCUAUUCAUAUCUUGAUUACAAAACUGGGGUAAGUUAGGCACCCCUUCAAUUAUAAAGUUUCAUACGUUCCAGUCACAUUUUCUCUCAACCCAAAUGACCCAAGGAGUCACGUAUUUCAACCAUUUCUUUAAAUCCUCCAUCUAACCUUGAUAUUUCCAUUGUAUACGUGUGAUUUCUGGCAACUCUCGUCAGAAGAGUAUCUCAGGAAGAUGUCUUUGGAAGAUGUCUUAGGAAUACAAGCGUAAAUGACCACAUGUAAGUGAUCCCCUAUGCGAACUCUGCCUCACCAUGAUCCUCACCUUUGACAGAAUAGGGGUUUCCAGAAUUGAACUGUUACUUCGUGUCUAAGCCCCCAAAGAGAGAUAGCACAUCAUUAAAAUGGAUAAAAUAUUUUUACAUAAAGUAUUCUGGCCUCCAUAAGAAUGAACAUUUUUUUCCGAUUUCUCAUUCUUUUUUCAAACCUCUUUUCAAUCUUUGCAAGAUUCUUUUGCUAUUAAGCGUUUGUAGUAAGUGUCACCUCUAGGUAACAGACAUAGGUCGCCACUUGUUCUGAUGGGAAAGUUACCUUCAUGAUAUCACAAUAUUUUCUUUGGUAUCUAUAGGGACUGUCCAUUUAAAUGUUGUAUGGACAUUCUUCUGCUUUGUAAUGCGUAUCUUGACAUACUCUUUUGCAUAAAAUUUUAUUUGCUUUUUUCCCUAUAGAAUACUCUAUAAAUACCAUCUUUUUUCAUAUUUUUUUAGGAUCUUUUUUUAUUAUAGUUCGUGAAGGUGGACUUCGUCGUAUGUACUUUUCGCUCAGUGCAAUUCAGUUUUCAGAUGAUUGCAUCUGUAAAUUAUUUUCUGGCACUGGAUGGCUCUCAUGCAGAGAAACUAGUCAUCAUUUGGUUGUCCUUAUAUUUCCCGUUUUCCACAGUUCCUGGCUACAUGGUGGGAGAGUCUGAGUUGGAAGCCUCUAAAGAGGGUCGUAAUCUGUCAGACUUUAAGUAUUCAUGUGUUGGCUAUUCAGUUUUCAUGGAAAACAAGGAUGAUGCGUCUGAGAAAGGAGAGAAGCAGACAGAGUUGCCAUUCUGUGUUGGCAUUGAGGUCGAUAUCUUUACUGAACUUCUUUUGGCUCAUGCACAUUCUGGUAGCAAUUGGCUUUACAUUUCAGUAAUAAAUCAUCACUUACAUCGCUGUUCCUCGUGCAUGAGAAAUGGAAUUCGAUGCUGAAACAUAAUCAGAUGGUUCACCUAUGUAGUUCUGCAAUUGGUUCAUUGACUUUAAUUUCUAUAUUGUAACCACUUGCAUUGCUAGAAACCUCAAAGCUCUUGUAAGGUUUUAUAGAUGAGUCAUAUAUGUGGGCUAAAAGCUACGACCUUGAUGUGAUAGUUUAGAUGUCCUAGAUGUGGCUUGGUAGAGGAUAGAAAAUGGGAGGAGGUCGUAUAUAAUUUAUUUUUUUAAAACUGUUUUUAGGUAUAGAAGAUAGUUAGGUAUCCAAUAUUUUUUAGAUUCAAUUCAUUUGAUUGCACAUCUUGGUAAGCGAAAAAAUGCAAGUUAGGCUUGUAUUAAUGGCAUUGAAUCCUGCAUUAUGUUCCUUUUUUUUGUUGCACACAACCAUAUUUUUAAAAACUAAUUGUUUUUAUUAAGUGCUUAUCAUUUAUGUUAAUGCUUAUGCUAUUCGUAGGUAUCUCUAGACUCUUGAAUUUAACGAGUCUCUCCCGGUGGACAUGUAUCAGUGUCAGACCACAAUGCUACAUAACGCAGUUCUUUAUCACUUUAUCCUUGGUUGGAUGUCAUGUUUUUUUCAAAUUUACUCUAAAUAAAUGGCGGCCGUCACUUUUAAUUAGACUUGAUGAGGAAGUCAUGGACACAUACCUCAUGUGGUCAGUGAUUCCGAUAUCAAGUCCUUAUAUCUAAAUGCUCUAAUGGUAUGUGACGUGGACCAUCAUCUCGUAUUUGGACGAGUAUUUUUUUGGUAAAAGUAUGGUCUUAUGUGUCAUCCACCAUAGAAACUAAGGCAUUUUAUACUAAUUUAGUUUUUCAAUCGUUAGUACAAAUCAUUUCCUGUUGGAUGUCAUUGUCCUAAUCUCCUUAAAAGAGGACUAAAAACUUAAAAUGCUUUGUGCAGAACUUGUCGAUUUUGAGGAAAGUAGACAUCUGAUGUAAUUAACAUGAAAAAUAGAUAUUUUAAGCUGUGUUGAACGAAUAGGUUAUUGUUGAUGAAAUAGUCAUAAUUUUCACUCCAGUUCCUAUUUAUUCAGUAUAACUCGUCUUAUAUCUGCAUAGUGAAAGUUUUUUUAUUUUUUUGGUCAGCUUUUGGUGGACAGGCGGGUUUCAGCUCCUAGCCAUGCUGCUGCUCAUGCCCCCCGCAAUAGAGAUGGUAAGAAGUGUACUAUAUUUCCUAUUCGAAUGCCAACAUCAUCUAGGCUUCAAAUUAAUGGUUGGAAUUCUUUCUCGUGUUGUUUUAUUUAUGUGUUUUUUUGGUUUCAAUAAUCUUGUAAAAUUUAUUUUCUUUUUUCUAUGAUCCUUGAAAAUGGACCCAUAAUUUUUUUUCCUCCAUCUUUAUUUUUAUUCUGCACAGUCACCUUUUACUCCCACCCUGUGCUAAUAUCUCCUUUAGAGAUAUUAUCACCUAAGCUGAUAACAUCUCUACAACCCACCCUGUGACUCACAUGGUGGGAUGUAAUGGGAAAGAAAAGUCUCCCAGCUGCACAGUGCAACGCCAGAACAUUGCCUGAGAACGUCAAGACAUCAUUAAUAAGCAAGUACGAUUGUCUAAAUUUUUAUUUACUAAGUAUAGAAGCUAAAUCUUCAGAUGAUGCUCAUCGGUUUCACAGUUUAGGUCACCUAGGCCAUCUAAGCAGUAACUAGCUAAACUAAUGUAGUUAGUACAGUUAUUUAGAUGACGAAACUAACAGUCUUAAGGUAAUGAGUGCGGUUAAUGAGACUCCCAGGAUGACCAAGCUAGCAGGCUAUUGGGACUGAUUUGUUUGCUUCCAGACAUCUUGGCCUCCUUCAUCACCUAUGUUGCCAGCGCAGUGCUUUGAAAAUUAUGGCUGAUCUAAGAUCCCAGCCGGCUGGUUCGUGGACAUCCCACCUAGUUGGGAACAGAAGGCAGGAUCUUCAAACAGUAACCUGCUCAAUCAGAUCAAAGCCUUUCUAGCCCUGAACUUGAGUCCACAAACUUAAAGCAUGAACCAGGGGUGGACUGGACCAUUCUGGUUCUGGUCUUGAAUAUUUAAUCAUCAGUUGGCGUGUGGCAUGAUGGCUAACUGUAUAAAUGGCGUGAGAUAGGAUGAAUGGGCAGGGUUUGGUGGCUUCCAUGAUCCAUUUUCGAUGGAGGAGCUGGAAUAUCUUAUUGGAAAUAAUAUGUGAAUUGUGGGAAACUACAGAUAACAGAUGUAUGUAUGUUCAAGUUCGAUUGUUUUCCACAGAGUAGUACUGGUGAAUUACUGCCACAUCUUCUUUGGAAGUCUGAAGAGGAAGUUCAUGCGGCUUUCACAAUUGAAGAAGGGAAAAGAACCUACACUUAAUAUGAUCUAAAUUUGUACACUUGUAUGGAUGGAAUGGUUGGAGGAGACUGUCAAAUGACUAAGAGUACCGGUAAUUGCUGAUGACCAUUUCAUCUUUUGGUUAAGAACUGGGGAUGGAAUCCUCUGCAAACAGUCUGAAAACAGAAUGAACUAAACCCUUCACUGAAUGCUUGAACCACCGAUUUCACGAAAGCUUUUUGUUUUUUGUCCACUGUCUCAGAUAUACGCAUAAAUGGUCUGCUACCUCUAGAUUUGAAGAGAAAUUCUGCUGAACGUUUGAAAUUCUAUCUUCCCCAGAAACCUCUACGAGUGGUCAAUGUCUUGGUGGGCCUACUUUGUACCUCAUUUAUAUUGAGAAUUCUAGUGAGAGAGGCAUUUGAACUUGCCCAAAGUGCAUAAAUAGUGUAAGAUGUCUGAGUAAUCCCCCUUCCAAUUUCUCUUGAUAUUCCAUGAUGGACGAUGGCCUCUCCAUUAGUCCUCUCCAAGUCAUCUUUGCCUUUGGAAGAAACCACAUGAUGAUCUUUCAUGGAGCCUUGGGAUCUCAGCCAGUAGCAGGUGCUCAUAAGUGGUCUGGGAAAGAAGAAAUUAGCCCUGGGAUCAUGCCAGUUGACCUUGGCACAGAAGAAACUAACUGUACCAAGUACCUUUUUUGUUCUAAUAGUCUAUUAGAAUAUGAAUGUGAUAGUGUUCUAGUGAGUCAUUUACAGUAUAGAUCCCCACUAAGCUGGGCCAUACAAGGUAUUCUCACUCCUCUCUGUAUAGAAACAAUUGAGGUGGCUACAAAAUUUGUAACCCUAAUAUUUCCCUUGUAUUUUCUAGUUAGGGGAAGUGUGUUGGGGUGCCCUAUUGGAAUAUGAACGUGAUAGUGUGCCAAUUAUCUUUCAUUCUGAGGUAGGGAGUCAUUUAGAGCAAACCCUUGUUAUCAUAAUUAAGAUUAUUAAUGACGUCUUCAUGAAAUUACUAUGAUUAGAUGUGGGAAGAACCUUCUGUUUCCAUGGAGUCAAACCCUUAUAUGCUUGACGCUUCAUUGCAGACGAAAAUUACCAACAGCAACCCCACAAGCCUGCCCAUUCCAUAGGAGAGGAGUUCUUCGGCAGGCAAGCCGCCCAGCUGCCUCUUCUUGAAGUCAACUCCCAUUUUUCAGGAGCACAGAUGUGACUCUGUUUCCCCUCCUUCCCCCCCCCCCCCUCCCGCCUGUGUGCUCUGCAGGUUCACAAGGAAUGCCGGUCUGGUCGCCUCGGGGGUCUCGCGGAACCUUCACAGAGCCGCCAACUAUGUCAAGGACAACCUCGACGACAUACUGUAUCCAGACCGGCGGCGCCCCAAGUAA